GGCAACACAGCAACCUGGCUCUGAGGGGGUUAAAUUUAUGGUGUUUUCCUCCCUCCUAGGCUAUUUGCAGCAAACAGAGUCUCAGUGGAAGGUCUGAGCUGAACAAGUGUUUGCUUCUGUGGGACUGGCUGGGGUGGAUUUGGAGUUGCUCUGCACUCACUAACCAGCACCCAGACUUCACUCUCCACCAUCGCUGCCUUCGGAGGAGCAGUAGGGCAGGAGGCUGAGCACACGGGCAGAGUUGGACUCAGGAGCCUGGCACCUCCACAUUGCUCCCCCUCUGCCUGCCUUCUGUGCCAGGACCUCGAUGGCUGAUGACAUUGACUGGCUGGACCUGCCAGGCAGGUGGACAUACGGGGUGUGUGGAGAUGGGCGAGUCUUCUUCAUCAAUGAUGAGACACAAUCGACGAGCUGGGUGCACCCAGGCAUCAGACGCUCCAUCCAGAGCGGGUGUUUUGUCAGUGCAGACUUGCCCAAAGGCUGGGAGAUGGACAGCACACGGCAGGGGGCCAUAUACUUUAUCAACCAUAAUGAAAGACGGACCACGUUUCUGCAUCCAGUGACCGCACAGAUUCCAGAAGAAAACGUACGAUUUGACUUGCAAAAAUCAAACUUGGACAUGUCAAGCAAAGCAGGUGGGAAGCGACCGGCGGCCAUUAACAGCGAAACAUCCAACCACGCCAUGGUGUCCGAGGUGCCUCAGGAACGGCCAAAUGGAAGGGCCUCGCGCCCCUCCAGGAAGGGGAUUGCCUUUGGGAAACGCUCCAACUCCAUGAAGAGGAAUCCCAACGCCGCGGUGACCAGGAGCGGCUGGCUCUACAAGCAGGCCAGCUCCGGGGUCAAGCAGUGGAACAAGCGCUGGUUUGUGCUGGUGGAUCGCUGCCUUUUCUACUACAAAGACGAGAAGGAGGAGAACAUCCUCGGCAGCAUCCCGCUCCUCAGCUUCCGGGUGGCAGCCGUCCAGCCGUCAGACAACAUCAGCCGGAAGCACACCUUUAAGGUGACCGUGUGCUGGGUAGAGGAAGUGCCAGGGGGUAACCAGAAGUGCCUCUCUUCCCAGGCUGAGCACGCAGGCAUCCGGACCUACUUCUUCAGUGCUGAGAACAGCGAGGAGCAGGAGGCCUGGAUCCAAGCCAUGGGCGAAGCUGCCCGCGUGCAGAUCCCACCCGCCCAGAGGCACGAGAAGACGGACUCUGAGAACAUCCCCCCGGCCAAACACCACCACCACCACCGGCCAGCUGCCCACAGGGAGCACCCCAAAGCGGACCCAGAGGUCAAGACCCGAGGGGAGGGGGAUGGGCGUGGCUCGGAGAAGGUUGAGAGGAAGCCAGAAAAGGUGGAGAGCAAGAAGGAGCCACUGGCCAAAACCAACGGUGUUGCUGGGCAGGAGAUGCCUUCCGAGCCCGGCAGCCCAUACCCUGAGGGUCCCCGGGCAUCCGCGGGGGUGGAGAGGUCAUCCCAGCCCAACGGCUGGCAGUACUCAUCCCCCAGCCGCCCCGGCAGCACUGCCUACCCACAGCAGGAUGGAGAGAGCGCGGUGCACCGGCGGGGCUUCGUGCCACGCACCAACCCCGAGAAGAUUGCCCAAAGGAAGAGCUCCAUGACACAACUGCAGCAGUGGGUGAACCUGCGCAGGGGGACAGUCCCACCAGAAGAGCUGAGGAGCCCCACCAGGUUCUACCCGGUGCCUCGGAGGGUGCCCGACUACUACACCCCUUACUCGCCUCAGUACCCUGACGAUUACCAGUACUACCCGCCGGGCGUGCGCCCUGACAGCAUCUGCUCCAUGCCGGCGUACGAGCGGGUGAGCCCACAGUGGGCACUGGAGGACAAGCGCCACUCCUUCCGCAACGGGGGCACCUACCAGCUGCGGGAGUGGAAGGACCGUCCAGGCUGCGGCCGGCAGGACGUCCCCGUCUGGCUCCCUGGCCCAGUGCGUAGUCCUGUGUACUAUGACGAGGUGGAUGCAGCCUCAGGCUCCCUGCGAAGGAUGUCCCUGCAGCCCCGCUCCAGGUCUGUGCCCCGUUCGCCCAGCCAGGGCUCCUACAACCGGCCUAGGAUGUACUCUCCAGUCAGGUCACCAAGCGCCCGCUUUGAGAGGAUGCCGUCAAGGAGCGAGGAGAUCUAUGCUGACCCCGCAGCCUACAUGAUGAGGCGAUCAGUCAGUUCCCCCAAGUACGAUUAUCUGGGUGACAGGAGGCCUGUCCCUGCAGGAAUGUAUCCCUACAACUACCCGGGUUCUCCUACCGUCCACGAUAAAAUGGAUGAACUGUUAGACCUUCAGUUGCAAAGAAACCUAGACUAUUUGGACCAGCAGAUGAGUGAGAGCGAGACUCUGAUCAGUAUGGUGAACAGAAUGGUGGAGAACUCCUCCCCUAGGGCCCAGCUCUACAUGCAAGUAUCUCCCUUCCCGGAUGCUUACAGAGAGACUCUGCACGCCUACAAGAUAAGCGAGCAAGACACGGAUAAACUCUUGGGGAAACUGUGUGAGCAGAACAAGGUGGUGAGGGAGCAGGAAAGGCUGGUGCAGCAGCUCCGGGCAGAGAAGGAGAGCCUUGAGAGCGCCCUGAUGGGGACUCACCAGGAGCUGGAGAUGUUUGGGAGCCAGCCUGCCUACCCAGAGAAGCUGCUGCACAAGAAGGAAUCCCUCCAGAACCAGCUCAUCAACAUCCGGGUGGAGCUGUCCCAGGCCAGCACGGCCUUGGCCAACAGCACUCUGGAGUACGAGAACCUGGAGAGCGAGGUGUCCGCCCUGCAUGACGACCUCUGGGAGCAGCUGAACUUGGACAUCCAGAACGAAAUGCUCAACCGGCAGAUCCAGAAGGAGAUCUGGCGGAUCCAGGAUGUGAUGGAGGGGCUGAGGAAGAACAACCCCUCCCGUGGUACGGACACCGCCAAGCACAGAGUGGCCAUGGGUCCGCCGGGAACAUACAGCUCCAACAGCCCUGCCAGCCCUCUGAGCUCUGCCAGCCUCACCAGCCCCCUGAGCCCUUUCUCCCUGGUGUCGGGCUCACAGGGGUCACCCACCAAGCAAGGUGCCGGCGAGGAACCAGGCCCGCCUCGACCUCCCCUUCCUAAGUCGUAUGUACCCCUGGAGUCUCCUCCGACCGUCCCUCCGCUCCCUAGCGAGAGCCGCCUCUGGCCGUACCCUAGCUCCCCGUCCUGGCAGCACAGCAGCGAGGCCAAGCGGGGACAGCCCAAGUCAAGCUAUGAGCAGAGCAAGAAGGACGCUCACCGGACGGCCACCUCCAACGCACCCGUGGAGGGUCUGCUCCUGCAGACGAGGCAAGAGCAGGAGGCCGAGAAGCAAGCAGCUCUCAACAAAGUUGGCAUCGUUCCCCCACGGACCAAAUCCCCCACAGAUGAGGACUCGGCACCCACGCUGGGUGUGGUGAGGAGGAGCACCAGCAGCACAUCCAAUGGGCUGAACUCCAGGGAAAGGCCAAAGAGCGCUGUGUUCGCCAAUGAGACCAAGACGAAGAUGAGCGUGGAGGAGCAGAUUGACCGCAUGAAGCGCCACCAAAGCGGCUCCAUGAAGGAGAAGCGCCGCAGCCUGCAGCUUCCGGCCAGCCAGACACCGGAGGCCCCCAGCACGAAGGCUCCUGCCUCCUACAAAGUGGUGCGCCGACACCGCAGCAUCCACGAGGUGGACAUCUCUGACCUGGAGGCAGCGUUGCGCUCCGAGGACUCGGGCAAGGUCUACGAGACACCGAGAGAGGAGAUUGCCCGCCUGCGCAAAAUGGAGCUGGAGCCGCAGCACUACGACAUGGACAUAAACAAGGAGCUUUCCACCCCGGACAAGGUGCUCAUCCCAGAGCGGUACAUCGAACUGGAACCCGAUGUUCCUCUGAGCCCUGAAGAGAUGAAGGAGAAGCAGAAGAAAGUGGAACGGAUAAAGACGCUCAUUGCCAAAUCCAGCAUGCAGAAUGUGAUUCCUCUGAGUGAGGGAGAGGUGGAUGCACCCCAGGACACAGAGACUCAGCUCCAGGAGCAGGAGAAGAGGAUAGAGAUCUCCUGUGCCCUGGCUGCAGAGGCCUCCCGGCGGGGCCGCAUGCUGUCUGCUCAGUGUGCCACCCCGAGCCCUCCCACCUCCCCAGCUUCCCCGACACCACCGACCAACCCCCUCUCGUCUGAAUCAUCCCGGGUCGCCGACAGCAGCCAUUUUAUGCGUGUCUGAGCCAUGAACACAAGCCCUGGCUGCUGUGAGCGCUGUGAAGUUCCACGGUGCCACGUUUUAAUGCGUAAACACGUGCACCCCGCCUCGACCACCAAACCUUUCCUUGGCCAUCGUACCGGUUCUCCCCGAGCCCCUUCCUCUACCGAAUGCUGAUGUCCAGGACUGGGAAGCUGUGAGCCGGCACCUGCCACCGAGGAGAGUGUGGAGGAGGGGGCCUUACCUCAGAUCCAGUUCCCCCUGAACACUGGGCCUGUUGCACCGCAGGAAGAAGCACCAUGGGCGGGCGGCCUGCCUGCUGGAGCUGGGUACCAAAGGGCACUGUGUAAAUGGCUGCAGCUGCUGCCAGCCAUUGGAGGGACAGACGUUAAAAGUGGAGCCAGUUGUGUUCUGGGAGAUGCGCCUUCUCUACGCCAGGCAUGGGCUCUGCAUGUGCAGCUACGUGGCCGGGCUGUCAUGCUGAGGAGGUGACACUGCCCUGGAGGGCAUGGGGUGCCCCUUCACUUUCCACUCUGAAACCCUCGUCCCCCAAAUUUCCUCCCUGUGAGAAGUUUUGGUGCAGAGACCAAGCUGUCGCUGCAGGUGGAUAGCAUUCCAGUGCUUUGCGGGCCUCGGUGCCCCAUCGUUGCUCCAUGCGCUCCCUUCCUGCCCUGCUGCCCUCCCCUGGCAUGGCUUUCACCAUUGCUAGUAGCCACCUUUCUCCGCACUCACGCUCACAAGCAUCCACGGGAAGGAAGGGAACAGCAGGCAUUCAGGAUGGACAGAUGGAAGUGGCAGCAAAGGAAAUAAAAAGCUCCCUGGCAGAAAACGGGAGCGGUGAUGGGGACUACAAGGUGGUGGGGAUAGAGCUGUGUCUGUGAAACGCCAGGGUGAAGGGUGGCUUGGAAUGGCAAGUCUGUGCAAUGUAUGUGGACAUGUAGCAAGGGAAUAGCUGAAAGAUUGAAGGGGAUGGGCUAGAGCAGCCCAUGUGGCCUUGCUUAGUAGCCAGGCAAAGCCUCGAUGUUUUCUGGGGCCAGCAGGGAUCCUUUUGCAAGUAGAGAUGAGGAGAAAGGGGAGAUGGGCUUCAGGAUUCCUCCCUGAGCGGGUUCUGGCUGGUACCAGCAGACGCCUCUCACGGAGUUUGUGUUACUGCCAGCAAGGCUCAUUUCUUGCACUUUUCUGGGGAUGGGAGUGGGUGAGAGGGAGGAACUGGUACCAACACACACAUGUGCACCCGCCCACACACAUGUGCACACGCACACCACAUAGUAACCUUGGCCUGCUGCAAGAGGCAUGUAGCACUAGACUGGGCACACUUUGCUGUAAUGUUGCCACGGCACCUGUCACAUCGGUAUCUGAGUGUCCCACUUUGUUCUGGAUGGAACUGCUGGGGCAUUUCCUUCUCCAACACCCAUGCAUCUGCUGCAGGCUCCCUCCAGCAACUUCUGCCCCAGGUUAAAAGAUGUCCUUACUUAGCCGCUGACUUGGCAGGUGGUACGUCAGUGCUGUAGCUGUCUCUUCCCGUCAUUCAGACAGCACUACCUUGCUCCCAAAUGGAGCAGAACCUGAGCUGUGAGGCCUGAAGGGAGCAAACCCUUUAACUUUGAGGUUGCAAGCCAGCAUGCGAUGGAUGGGACUGGGAAGAUGAUUCCUACUGGAGGCAACUCAUCCCUUCCUAGCCCACGGCUGAGAUGCUUGCACCCCUCUGGGAGGCUCCGCUUUUGCAGCUGGGUAGACCCUGGGGGCAAUCCGGUGUGACCAUCCUUACCUGGAGAGCAAUCCCGCACUGGGGAUGGCCUUGGAGGGACUCGAUGGGUCUUUUUGGCCUGUGGCUCCCUGCUGUAUCACGUGUGAAGCAGUACAUGGACAUUGCCGCCCCUAGCUCCCUGCACUAAGGUGGAUAGACCCCUCACACCUACAGUUAUAGGAGCUCCUCUGCCCUUUUGGAGUGACAGCUCAUGGUGCUGAGUCCCUGCUGCGCCUUCCCUGCUCCUAUCAGAACCAAUGGCAUGAGCUCACUCCUCCAGAUGUGACUUCAUUAUUCUCCUAAUAAGCUGAGGAUUAAUCAUUGAUCUGGAGGCAGGGGCCAGGUCAUAGCAGAGACUUACUCAGAGGUUCAUUCCAGUUCAGAUAAAGCAUCUAGGAGGUGGUUGAAGCUCAUCUAUGCUUCCAAACCAUUGGUGCCCAUAGAACCAGACCUGGAGUCUCACGAGGACACACGGUCUGAUGCCCGAGCAGCAUUCCCACUGCCAGCGGAAAUAACUUGAAAAGGUCUCUCUAAACGUCAGCUCAGCUUACACAGUGUUUGGGAGGAUGACGACUCUUUAUGUUUCCAAGCAGACUUUCUUGCCCUUCUCAAACUUAGGGCUGCAUGAACAGAGCAACUCUAUCUGCCACUUGGAGCGGGCUUUGCAAGGAUUAUGAUCCCAUUUAAGGACCUCGAUGAGGGGCCAGGGUUUUAAAAGCAUGCGGCACCCAGGAACUCCCACCGUGACAUUGAUAGAUGGAUUUUCUGAGGCCUCUGACAGCCUGGCUGUUUCCUUCCAGGCACAAAAGGGAGCUGGGCUCUUUUGCAAAAUCCAGCCCUAUGUUACACCAUGAGAUAGGUCCAGUUUUAUCCCAGCAGCAUUCUUGCUCUCAAAGUCUGGGUGGAAAAGGCAGGUUUUGCCUAGAAGCGUAGAUAUCUAUUCCAGUGAUCUGACAGACGAUGUUUUAAAAAAUGUCCACGUCUGAAAUUGAGGCCUCUGCUCCAACACUGAGAGCAAUCUGGGCUGGAGAUCAACUCGAGUUGGUUUUCCUGCUUCAGAAUCUCGUUUGUCAUGAGAGAAACUGCAACAUAUGGCUGGGGUUGCAUGCGAAAUGGGCCAGUUUCAGGACACUGAUCUGAACCGGAAAAGGCCAAUGUCAAGGCUGCUUUGGUAACAUAUGUCAAGCCUUUGUCUCAAGAGCUCCGAUUCCCCUCCUCCCAGACACUUUCCAGGGUACUUUAAGUCAAAAGAGCCCUAAACUUAUGAACUGUUGAGUCCUUGAGACUGGAGCUCUGUGUAGAAACCUUCUCUGUUGACCUGAUCACAGCUGGGCACCCACAGCUGAAGUGGAGUCCGUAGGAGACACGGGUGCCAAUGCUCAGCACCGAUUGAGAUGGUGUUUUCUUCCCUCCUACCCCAGCUGUGGAGGGAAAGCAGACUGGCUGCUCAUCAUUCAACCAGACACUCCUUCCUGUCUAAGGAGCAGUUGUUCUAGCUUGGCAAGAGGCAGACCCUGCCUGGGAGGGACCUCUCUGGCGUCUUCCUGGGGAGAGUUGCUUGUCUCUGUGUCAUCUCCCCAGAUAGUCUAGUCUCCGUUAGUCUUCUGUGAUUUUGGCAAUAUGCAUAGCACCCCAGAAAAGAGGAUCCCCCCCACUGCCCUGUUGAAUCAGACCUAGGAAUUUGUUUCCCUCUUCAUUUUAGCAAUACACAGAAACAUCCCAGGAGAAAAAAUAGUUCCGCUGCCCUCCUGGAGUCCCAUACAGCCCCUGUUAGCUCAUAAAGCUGGCCCUUUAUUUUGCUAUACAUGCCUUAAUAUAUGUUUUAUGGAAAUUAUACAUUUAUAUAUAAUAUAUAUAUUUGGGUUUUUUUUCUCUUCUUUUUUGGGCGGUACUGUUUUGUGCUAAUUUUCUUUCUCUUUCAGCAGGGCUAUUCGAAUCGGCCCCGCCAGUGAGUUACAAAAAGCAGAUUCUUUUCCAGUUUAUUAGAAAAAGAAAUCCUAUUUAAAAAAAUAUAUAUUUUAUGCUUUUAUUAAAAGCAGAUUUAUUUAAAAUAAAGUAUAAAAACUGUAAGUUUGAAGAAACAAUGCAUUUAUUUCCCUGUUGCUAUGACAGUGCUUUGUGCAGGGCCAGAUUCUCAGCAGAUGUGAAUCGGUGUAGGGGAUGUUGCAAUCUGAUUGACAAGGGCUGGAAGUCUGGCCACUAAGCGCAGGUUACGAAGACGUGUAGGAUUGUACCAUAUCGGGCACCACGCAAGGGACCUCGCUGGUACGUGGUAUCAGGAGGAGAUCCUUGCUAUGUAUGUGGAUUUUUUUAAUCUUUAAUUUAAAUGCUCCAUUUGCCCCUCACAUGUAUUCUUGUGAAUGGGUUUUCUGUCAUGAUGCGAAUAGAGCUGCAGCUCUACAGGCUCCUGGACUGCAGUCCCUGGGAUACCACUAGCCCAGCUGCCCCCCUCACCCCCACACUCCCCAAGCAUGUACGCAAGGGUGCACGCACCUUUCCUUGCUGCAAACGUAUUCCCAGAGAUGGAAGGUGGUGGCUGAACUGAGAGAUGCUGCCAAGCCAGGCAGCCCCUGGGAGCUCAGCCAAGGCAGGAGAGCUCCACUGGGGCUGUGUCCAGAGCUGGGAUCCAGGACCCCUGAAGUCAAUGGAAAGGCUUUCACUGUCAUGGUUGGUGCCUGAGACCAUGCUGGCAUUGCCAGCCCCACAGUGAGCUUCUCCUUGGCUCUUGGCUCAGUCCCAUCUUCCAUCCUUGAGGGCUUGCUAGCUCCAGCAUCAUCCCAGCAUAGUGCCCGGGGGAAGGGGUCUUGUGCGUUCAGAGGAAGGGGUGGGGGAUGAAGACAAUCCCACUCUUCAGCACCCUUAAAAGGGUUUCCCAGGAAGAGCUCCAAGGACAGGGGGACAGCAGGGGCCCUUCCCAUUCAAUGAAUAACCAUGUCGAGUCUGUGACCAAUCACUACUAUUGUCACUUUAAGAGUUUCCAAGGUUACAAGCUGGGAGCUUGCAAUAAAGUGGGUUCCAAUCACCAUAUUGCAGUAUUGUGGAACUGUGGGGGGGUUGUUAUUAUUAUUAUUAUUAUUAUUAUUUUAAUGUUUAAUUUUAUUUUGUUUUGGUUAUUUUUUUUCAUAACACCAUCAUAUACCAGCAACUCUUGUAAUCGAGAAAAACUAUUUGCAUUGAAAAAAGAAAUCUAUUUAUGCACAUUAAUAUUGGGAGGGAGGGAGGGGAAGUGGGCAAAAACCUGAUUUUUGCUAGUGUUAGACAAAUAAAACUCUCCAAGAAACCAUGCAGUGUCAGUGUCUUUCUUUUUGUAUGAAAGCGACCUUAGAUGACAAUGAUUUCAAUGGUAGAUCAAACAGACUGUGAUCAAACAGCUGUAGCUUUUCAGCGGCUUUAAAUCUUCUAAUCAGAAAAAGGGGAUAUUAUCUCGACCCGUAAUGAAAUCUGUGGUAGUUCGCAUACUUUUCUUUUUAAUUUUCCCGGUGGCAUUUGUUUUAGAUGUAGCUACUAAAUGGUUGAAUCUCACACCAGGGAAAAAAAAUGCAUUUGUACCUUGCAAGUUUGUAUAAAACGAAUAAAUAAAAAUCAAUGGUUUGUUAACAGA